UUUUCAUCUGCCUGCACACUCCUGCGGGCUGAUCGAGGAAAUAAAGCCGAACACGUUUGUUUUUCGAUGCUGGGGAUUCAGUUGAAACAUCCUAUAUGUGGUGUAUUUCAACUGCUCUCCACAGGGUUUGUCUGCCCAAACAGUGAAGUGCAUGAAGGCACACCUGGCCAAAGAUGGAGGCCUGGCCAACCGUGGCCUGGGUCCUGCUGAUGACCAACAUUGCUGUCUGGCUGAGAACUGUCCACUCCCGGGACUUCACCAUGACAGACAUCAUCCAGCUGCAUCCCUCAACCACUCCUCAUCCUGGCAGCUUCAAGUGCUUCACGUGUGAAGACGCGGCAGAUAACUAUGAGUGCAACCGCUGGGCGCCGGAUGUUUACUGUCCAAAAGAUGCCAGAUACUGUCACACACUGCACAUGAUGGACAACCAUGGAGACAGUGUGUCUGUGACCAAGCGCUGUGUGAGCCUGAAGGACUGUCAGUUUACCGGCUGUGCUGACGUCACUGAUAACGGCUAUCAGAUGUGCUCGUCCUGCUGCGAGGGGAACAUCUGUAACGUGUUUGUGCCGAGGAAUGCCAGCAGCGCCAUCUUUUCCUCGUCUUCUCCUCUGGUCAGCUCGAGCACCGUGCAUCUCCCGACAGCGCUGAGCUACCUCCUCAUCAGCAUCUGCACAGCAGCUCAUCUCUGAGGGAGACACUCUGCCUCUGUGGGACGCCUUAAUGAAGGACUUUCUUUUGUACAUCACAUUUUUUAAAGCUGAAAAUCAAGAGUUAUUGUAUUUGUUUAACCCUGGCAGCAUUAGACCUGAGAUUCAUAUUUGUUUAACAGUUUUAACUUGACGUUUAAACAACUCAAAUAAAACAACUGGACUGUUUUCCCUUUACCCUCUUCCUCCUCUCAGACACUUUGUUAAAGCUAUUCUGUUAAUUUAUUCAUGCUGAGUGUCAACAUUGUAACAGCAUAACUGUGUUGUUUAUCCAUGUCUCUGUCUAUAUUCGGAGUUUGGUACUUA